ACUAGAACAAAAGUUUUCUUAAGUUAAUAUGUACCAAAACCAAAAUACUGCUGAGCAAUUACACGCAUCAGCAAAGUUAAGUGGAGAUCAUUCAAAUGCAGAUUUGUACCAUGCAGACAAUUUAAGUCAAACAGCUUUGAGUACAUAGCGAAAACUCCCUGGCACACAACAAGUUAAGCUGGGUACCGAGAAUCUUUUCUAUCUGGCUUUUUUUCGUGCAUCAUGGGUUGGAUAUUUAUGAUCUUCCUUGCAUUUUUGCAACUAGCCGCAGUCGCCUUCAACCUACGGAUGCUGUUGAGUUGCUUCAAAGACAAAACAAAAUACCCGUUUCUUCAAAGAGGUAGAAUGUUCUUCAUUUGUCAGUGGAUUUGCCAAGUUACAAUUCUCGUCGCUGAUGCCGUAGAAUCGUGGAAAGGAUUUGGAAGUCAGCUCAAAGAAAGCUGCAAUAUCUUCAGAGUCCUCUCGCUUUCCCUGAUGUUUUUCCAAGCUUACAACUUGAUGGCGAUCGUGAUAAUCUUAUCUGAGAGCCAGGUGAAGCGUGAAAACAGAGAGUUUUCAACCAAACUGAAAAUAUCUGCCGUCCUAGUUCUGGGACUCACUGGCUCAGCAACAAUAUCGUGGUACAACUGCUUUUCUUCACAGAAUCUUUCUCGUAUGACCACGAAAGCCAUUUUUUUGGCUUCUGUCAUUUUUUUCGUUUUAAUCGUUUCUGUGGUGGCACGGAAUAUCAGCAUUCAAGACACGCAAACUGACGAAACUCAACCAGAAGCUUCGGUUUUGAAGAUCUUUCCCAAAAAAAGAUAUGUGUUCUCGGUAACUUUGUUUAUAAUGUGCUUGAUAAUAAUUUUAAGCCAGGAACGUCACUCCGAGUCAAGUCCCAGUAAUUGUAAAGCUGAAGAGUUUGUGGAAGUGAAUGUUUUUAAGAAGAUAUUUGGCUUCCACUGCUAUAGAUCCUAUCCGCCAAAGAGAAAUUCAUCCAGCUGGUACUUAACUUCUCAAUAAACCGGGAGGAUAAUUUUAUUGCUGGAAUAAACAAACUGCGAAAAAGCACCACUCUAUUUGUUUGCAUCUUGUCGUUAAAGGUGAAGCUGGAGAUCACACAGAAACAAAUUAAGACGUGCAAAAUUUCUGGAAAUCGAGCGCAGGAAUCUCGUAAAUUAUUAACUUGUUUAACAGUAUAACAAGAGAAGGUUGUCAGGAAAAGCGCAAGUGUACGGGACAACCGCGAAAGGCAUUGUGGAUAGUUUUUAGGUCCUGGGAGAAUCACACACAUGCAAAAAUUUCUGCAUGCUCUUUGGCUGAGAAAACUUCCAUUGACCCCAAACAGCGCAGAAAGUUGAAGUGUAGAAUGACAUUUCAUUCAAAUCAGAUGAAGAACGGAAAAAAAGGACGAACUCGCUGACCUUAAUGAACGACGAAACAAUGUAAACCCAACGAGAGCAAAUUCGUGGUGACCUAAAGGGAAAAUGUGUACAACGUAAUAUUCUGAUUUUAGAUAUAUGAAAAUUCAUAUAUUUGCACUGCGGUGGAGAGAUGAAAUUAAGAGAUCCUCGCAG